AUGGCGCCUCGCGCCGGCGGUCAGACCUACGGCUUCCCGAUCUACUGCGCCUCCUGGCUCCCACUCGCACACAUCAUCAAGCCCUCCCCAUCCGCCGACGACGUCGUGGAUGCGGACGCGUCCCCGGCCCCGUCCUCCCCACCUCCGCCCCCCAUGGUGGUCCUUGGUGGAGGCGGAGGCGAGGGCCGGAGCGGCGUGCCCAACGCGCUGGUCGUCGCCGCCCUCGACCCCGCCGCUGCAGGGGCGCCUCCAGCGCUCUCCCCCGAGCCCGUGUUUAGGCUGGGGACAGAGGAGCAGGUACCAUACAGGAUGGCCGUACACCCCCGCGGCGAUGGCGUCCUCUGCGCCUUCCCCAACGGCUGCAGGUUGGUGCGGUGGGAAUCACCAGAAGGAGAUGAUCCACAUAGCCUAGUUUUGAGAUCUGACCAGGAGGCUCUAGUGAAGCUAAAUGAUGUUGGUUUACAGUUGGCUGUGUCAUUUAGUGGAGAGGGUUCAAUACUUGCCACUGGUGGCGAGGAUGGACAUUUGAGGGUCUUCAAAUGGCCUGGCAUGGAAACCGUUAUUGAAGAACCUGAUGCUAAAACAUCUGUUAAGGAUCUUAGUUUCAGUUCCGAUGAGAUGUUCCUAGUUGUGAACAGGAGCAGUGGCCCAUCUAGAGUUUGGGAUUUAAAGUCAUCUGAAGCUGUGGCUAAUCUGCCAAGAGAACAAGGAGAAAUAUUUGGCUUCUGCCGAUUUUCUACUAAGUCUGACAAUAGUCAGAUUCUCUUUGUUACAGCAAUGCAAGGUGAUUACGGCAAAAUAAUAUCUUGGAAUACAACCUCAUGGACAAGAAUUGGAUCAAAGAAAGUAACCCGUGAUGCGAUUUCAGCUUUUUCAGUCUCGCCUGAUGGUACACUUCUAGCAAUUGGAACUAUUGAGGGAAGCAUCAGUGUUCUAGGUCCAAGAGACAUGCGAGUGGUUCUAACAGUUAAAAAGGCGCAUCUUGGCAUUGUUACUACAUUAGCGUUUUCUCAAGAUUCAAGGGCCUUGCUGUCGACUUCCUUUGACUCAACUACAAGGGUGACAUCGACUGAAUCACCCAAGAGCGAUGGUAUAAGCCUCUGGUCCAUGGUACUAGCUAUUAUACUCGGAAUUUUGGUAUAUUACUAUAUGCAGCACAAAGAAGAUCUCUUAGCAAUGUUGCCACAAUGA